CGGCCGAAUAUCCGCUUCCGGUUCCCAGGCUUCACCGGCGGUACCCCAGCCUGGAGGUGGUGCGUCUGGCCCACUGGGCCUCCCCAGAGAUGGACAGUCGCAUCCCUUACGAUGACUACCCGGUGGUUUUCCUGCCUGCUUAUGAGAAUCCCCCAGCGUGGAUCCCACCUCAUGAGAGAGUGUACCACCCAGAUUACAACAAUGAACUGACCCAGUUUCUGCCCCGAAUUGUCACACUGAAGAAACCUCCUGGAGCUCAGUUGGGGUUUAAUAUCCGAGGAGGAAAAGCCUCACAGCUAGGCAUCUUCAUCUCCAAGGUAAUUCCUGACUCUGAUGCACAUCGAGCUGGACUUCAGGAAGGCGACCAAGUACUGGCUGUGAAUGAUGUGGAUUUCCAAGAUAUUGAGCAUAGCAAGGCUGUUGAGAUACUGAAGACAGCCCGUGAAAUCAGCAUGCGUGUCCGCUUCUUUCCCUAUAAUUAUCAUCGCCAAAAAGAGAGGACUGUACAUUAGAGAUUUGCAUCCCAGAACCCUCCAUGUAUAAUCUGCCAGGAUAAGCUGGCCAGGUCCAAAGGAAGCCACUUGAGACAUUCUCUCAAUCUCUCCCUAACAUAGUGGAGUGGGAACAUCCGGGCAGCUAGCCAACUAUGUCACCCAAACCAUAUUGUACUUUCAGUUCCCUAGUUUGCUAGGUGAGCUUCAUUCCCUGAAUGGGAAAUGGUGAUGGUGUUUUAUACAACCUAGCCUGAGGGGAACCCCGCUGGCAAAGGCAACUGACGUUUUUAUUGGAUACCAUGUACUAGGACUUACCCAUGUCCUAUCAUUUUAAUUAUAGAAAUCAUUAGAAAAAGAAUCUUGGGGACCUUCCAUCUGAUUUGCCUAGGCAUCUCAUCCUCUCCUUGUAUUGCCAGAGGUCUCAUACACUUGAAGGACUCAUGAGAUGCCUGCCCCUUCCUCUUCCUGUUCUCGCAAGCCAAAAAAAAAAAAAAAAAAAAAAAGUAAAGCACAAUGCUGAAGAAAUGUUGGUAUGAUUUUUGAAUAUUACUUAUUGGAUGUUAGAUGCUAUUGGGGAGAAAAAAUAUAUAUAUAUUCUAAAGAGCCACUGGAAGAAACAGCAAUACUAAUACCUAUGUCACAAUUGUCUGGCCAGAAUAUUAGGCCCAGGGACUUUCACCGCAGCACAACCAAGUUAGAGCAUAGAAUGGAGGGUCCUGGAGGGAACAGUGCUUUGUCCCCUCAGCUUUGGACGUUUCUCUGCACAGGAUGAUAGUAAUCCUCUCCCCUUACCCAGAGUCUUUGAUCUAGAAUAGAAGCCAAAGGAGGGCCUUAAAUGAUUUCCUUCUCAGAGACAGCAGUAAGGAAUUGAUUCUCAGCCUCUUAAUUUGUAGGCCGAGUUGUGUUAACUGCUAGCUUCCAAUCCUUUGCUUCCCUCAAACCCUGAAUAACCUCUUCCCAUGUUCUUAGACCUUAUGUUCCAGACGCAUUGUUGGUGUUCCCCUGCUCACAUUCCUCCCAGCUCCUUUGGCAAGUUCAGGAUGCCUAUUCAGAAUUGAAAUUUUUCUAGGGAGCUGUAUGAGGUGAACUGUCCUUAGGAUGAAAGGAGCAAAAAUCGCCGUGAAAGGAUUUGGGGAACUUAAAUAAUUUCUCUUAGGUCUCUACAAUGGAAUGUGAUUCUAUUGGUCUGAUGUAGAACCUGGAAAUAUGAAUUUUUAAAUAAAGAAGUCUUCAAAUACAA